AGAAGAAGAAAAAGCAGGAGGAAGCAGAACAAGAAAUCAGAAAUCAGCUGUCAAAAAAGUAGCUUAAAUGUAAUCAGCAGGUUGGAGAAAAGCUUCUAAUGUGUUUAGAGAUGUCCAGAGGUUGUGUGAGACACUGACUGGUCAUCGGCUUGUGAGCUGUGAACUCAUCACCUACCAAGAUGCCUGCAGUCUCCACAGGGGCCAAGGAGUUGUAUUUAUCCACAUCUCUAGGCGACCUCAACAAAAAAGCUGAAAUUAAGCCAGACAAAACGAGCACCAGAAGCUAUGUUCAGAGUGCCUGCAAACUGUUCAAGGCGGCAGAGGAGUGUCGUCUUGACAGGGAUGAGGAGAAAGCUUAUGUGCUGUACAUGAAGUACUUGACGGUUUAUGACAUCAUAAAGAAAAGGCCAGAAUUCAAGCAGCAACCGGAUUAUUACAUGACUAUGCUUGGAGCAAAUAGCUUCAAGAAAGCCAUUGAAGAAGCCGAGAAGCUGUCUGAAAGCCUUAAACUCAGGUAUGAGGAAGUUGAGGUGCGGAGAAAGCUUGAGGAGAAGGAGCGAUUAGAGGAGAAGAAGAAAAAGGAGGAAGUAACGGAGAAAGAUGGUCGAAAUUCUCCAAAAGCCUCAACAAUAAACAAGAAGGACAGCAAAAAGGCGAAAGGAGAGCAGAAUGAACUGAAAAGUGUCAUCACUAAAGCUGCACAACCAGCAGGUGGCAUCACAGCUGAGAAACUUUUUAACAUGAUGAAAGAUCAGACCAUAUCAGUACUGGUGAUGGAUGCUCGCAGUCACAGAGACUACGAGGAGUCUCACAUGCAGGUCCCGGCUCAGACCUGCAUCAGUGUGCCGGAGGAGGCCGUCAGCCCAGGAAUCACUGUGACUCUGAUUGAGGCGAAGUUGCCUGACGCAUCUAAAGAUCACUGGAGAAGGCGAGGAGUUGUUGACUAUGUGGUUCUGCUCGACUGGUUUAGUUCUGCAUCUGACCUUAAAUUAGGCACCACUUUGAUGAGUCUAAAAGACGCCAUUUAUAAGUGGGACAGCCUAACCAUUAUGCGUAGUGAGCCACUGGUGCUGGAGGGAGGCUAUGAGAACUGGCUGCUGUUUUAUCCAAUGUAUACGACCAACGCUAAAGUCCGACCGCCGAGGCAAACGAUCACCAACAGCCUACCACAGCUGAACUUUAGCUACCCGUCUUUGGAGGAACCGAAGCCUCCCACUCCAACUCCACCUGAGCGAGAGAUUUCACCUGAACCUCAGGAACCAGCAGCUCCUGCUCUGGUGAACGGCGUCUCACCCGCUGAGCCGCCAGCAUCCAAAACCUCCGUGGUUGCUGACAGGUUGCCAGAUACCGUUGACCUCCCGAUUACAGUACCUACUAAUUCUGGUUUGGACCUGAGUAAGAAGGAUCCUGCAGUCAGCCAGUCGCCUACAACUGCCAGAGUUUUCCCCCAGUAUGACAGAGCCAAGAAACCGUCUGUCCCGGUGUCCGAUCAAACCAAGAGCGGCCAGAACCGGUCUGCGAUAGAUUCAUCCCAGAACGGCCCCAUCAUCCCUGACCGCUCAGCUAAACCUCCACUCAGCUCCGGCGGUUCUCUGUCCAAAGACGAGCAACAACAGAUACACUCCGAGGCGGUGGCCGUGAUGGAGAAGGCCAAACAGGAACAGGAAAAACGCAACCAGGAGCGCCGCUUGGAAGAGGAGCGGCGGGAGAAGGAACAGAAGGAGAGGGAGGAAAGUGAAAAGAGGAAGAAGGAGGAAGAGGAGAAAAGACAUCAGGAGAAGAAGAGACUCGAAAGGCAGACGGCAGAGGAAGAGGAAGACAAAGAGAAGAAAGUAUGGGACGACAGAGAGCGGAGGGGGAAAGAACAAAACCCGGACACGCCUUCGAAGAGCAUGUCUCUGGAUUCUCCUGCUCCCAACCAUAUUGUGAGUGAAAUCAAGAGGGAGCCUCUGACUAGAGCAAGGAGUGAGGAGAUGGGUAGGAGUGUGCCAGGCCUCCCUGAUGGUUGGAUGAAGUUUUUGGAUACAGUGACUGGGACCUACAGAUACUACCACUCCCCUACAAACCGCGUCCACCUUUACCCUCCCGAGGUCACCGUCCCUCAGACCCCACCGUCCACCCCGCCGACCGCCAAACCUCGGUCCCAGAAGCCUGCCGAGCCUGACACGAGCCACGACCGAGAGCGGGAACAGUCCAAGCUGAAACGUUCCUACUCUUCUCCAGACAUUAGCCAGGAAGUGAGCGAGGAGGCGCAGAAAAAGACGACCGCUCCAACCGCUGCUGCAGUCAUACCCACCAUCAACAGAGAAACCAAACCUCCCAGUGUAAAGGUUUACUCUAAAGUGGAGAGCGUGCGGCCGUCUGCGGCUAAGCUUCGCAACCUGAAUCCCUCCUUCGGAGGCUUGGGCGCAUCGCUGACUGGCCUUCGAAACCUAGGAAACACCUGCUAUAUGAACUCCAUCCUGCAGUGUCUCUGCAACACUCCUCGCAUGGCCGAUUACUUCAAUAACAACUUGUACCUUGAAGACAUCAACAGGUCCAACAUUCUUGGCCAUAAAGGGGAGGUUGCAGAGGAGUUUGGAGUGAUAAUGAAAGCGCUGUGGGCCGGUCUGUACAAGUGCAUCAGUCCGCGGGACUUCAAGAGCACCAUAGGAAAGAUCAAUGAUCAGUUUGCAGGCUAUGACCAGCAGGACUCCCAGGAGCUGCUCCUGUUCCUGAUGGACGGCCUGCAUGAAGACCUCAACAAGAGAGCCGACAACAGGAAGCGGUACAAGGAGGAAGAAAACGACCACCUGGAUGACCAGAACGCGGCCAACGUGGCCUGGAACAAGCACAAGUUGCUGAACGAGUCCAUCAUCGUGGCGCUGUUCCAGGGUCAGUUCAAGUCCACGGUCCAGUGUCUGACCUGCCAUCGCAAAUCACGCACCUUUGAGACCUUCAUGUACCUGUCGCUGCCUCUGGCCUCCACCAGCAAGUGCUCCCUGCAGGAUUGUCUAAGGUUGUUCUCUAAAGAGGAAAAGCUCACCGACAACAACAAGGUGUUCUGCAGACACUGCAAAGCCCACAGAGAUUCCACCAAGAAGCUGGAGAUCUGGAAGGUUCCUCCUAUUGUCCUGGUUCACUUAAAACGGUUCUCCUAUGAAGGCCGAUGGAGGCAAAAACUACAAACAUCUGUCGAUUUCCCUCUAGACAGUCUGGACCUGGCCCAGUAUGUUAUCGGGCCCAAGCAGAACCUGAGGAGAUACAACCUUUAUGCCGUGUCUAAUCACUACGGGGGCUUAGACGGCGGCCACUACACGGCCUACUGUAAGAACUCCCUCAAGCAGCGCUGGUACAAGUUCGAUGACCACGAAGUGACGGAAAUCUCCUCGUCUUCGGUCAAGUCGUCCGCAGCCUACAUCCUGUUUUACUCCACCCUGUGAUGCCGCCGCGAGACACUAGGAGCAACCACACAGCAGCCACGCUUAAACCUAGAGGUUAUUUUCUUCUGCUCCGUGAAGAGCCUGGCGCGACGUUAGUUGUGGUUAAUCGAUCAUGUAUGGAAGACGAGGGGGGUCGCGGUCGAGCGAGCCACUUUGGGAUCAUGAUGAGCGAACGGUGGAGGCACUCUGUGCAGCGCUUCAGCUACUAGAGGACCCGUUAGCUGUUAAAACGAUACCACCUGUAUACAUCACUGAUCAUCCAGAAGCUAAACCGAUGCUCAUGCUAAUCUGACUUCUUUAGUUGUUUUAGGGCCGAUGGUCGAUUCAGUCAUUUCUGUUGCAAAUAGCAGCGACUGCAUACGCUGGAUUAACAGUUAGAUGCCAUGUACAUUCUUAGCAUUGCCGAGGUUGCACACUAAAGAUGUUUCUGUGUAAAUAAUUUUGUCUCUUGACCAAAUUGUUUUUUUUCCCUUAAGAGUAGCAGCCAGUGAAACAUGACCAUAUAAGUGAGGACAGACCAUUGGCUUCUGGGCUCUCACUGUAUAACCUUCUGCUGUUUGAAGGCAAUAGGAGAGGCGGUGUGAUCUUUUAUUGAGAUUAAGAGGAGGCCUGCUGUUGCUUGUUCAUAUUAACCCACGUUCUUGCACAUCCAAUAUGCAAUCGCUUUAAGUUCAGGUAAAACACAUUAUUUGGACAGCAGACCUUUAUUUCCAUCUCAGAAUGCUUUAAAUCGAUGCUGAUGCUGGGAUUUCUUCUGUCUCACUCCAGCCAGUGCAGAACACUCAACAUGUUCCUGUAAUGUUGUAUUUACCUUCAGAUUUAUCAUAUUCAAACACUAUUAAGAGUAUGACUUAAUGGGAUGGAUUAUCUAGAUCUUAUUCAUACAUUUGUUUUUGCAUAAUUUUGUUUUUGUUUACUGAGCCUGACGAUAUGAAGAAUUGAGUGAAUUUUCAGCGUUGGCUGCGUGACUCUUUGACCAAACGAUUAUGUGAGAAACGACAAACGAGACUGAUGUUGCGUCUUAAUGGAGCCGAGAUUGAGAGUUAAAAGGAUUUAACUACAUCUGAGUAAACUUUUAUGGCCUAGCAUGAAAUUAUAAUCAGUUUUUUUUUUUCUUCAUUCAAUCUUUUAUUCUUAAUUCUCUAAAUACAAAUUGCUUAACAUGAUUAUAUUAACCUCAAAACAACUUGUAUGACUAUUUAUUAAAACUGCUUCAAAUAAA